GUUAUUCUCGUACAAACUUCCAGUUGGAUAGCUCUCCUUUCCCUGUCACUGUCAGUCUUGGUUGGAAAAAAUGGGCGACACCGGUUUGUCGGACGAGGCAGCGGCCGCAGCUUGUAAAGAUGGAGACCCUUUAACUAAGGACUUUAUGAUGCAGCAAACCAUGUUGAGGGUGAAGGAUCCGACUAAAUCCCUGGAUUUCUACACCAGGAUCCUGGGCAUGACGCUUCUGCAGAAGUUUGACUUUCCCUCCAUGCGCUUCACGCUCUUCUUCCUGGGCUUCGAGGACAAGAAGGAGAUUCCUGCCAACGUGAAGGAAAGGACAGCCUGGACGUUUUCGAGGAGAGCCACCAUCGAGCUGACACAUAACUGGGGUUCAGAGUCUGAUGACAGCCUGUCUUAUCACAAUGGGAACUCUGACCCACGUGGAUAUGGACACAUUGGUAUCGCAGUUCCUGAUGUUUAUGCAGCUUGUAAGAUGUUUGAGGAGCAAGGAGUCACAUUUGUCAAGAAGCCAGAUGACGGUAAAAUGAAAGGCUUGGCCUUCAUCCAGGACCCUGACGGAUACUGGAUUGAGAUCCUGAGUCCCAACAACAUGGUGUCCAUCACCUCCUAAAGCCCAACCGCAUCCCUCCUGCUGCGUUGCAUAAGGCCUGGCCUGCUGUGGCUUCACUACAGAGCACAACGCCAUUAAGCAACACAGGUGGAAGAGCUGUGAGCCAGUGGGAACAUUUGCUCUUUGUCAAUAUGAAUAAGGGUAACCCAGCAUGGCCUGGGCUAAUAAUGGACACCUGACAUGCAGACACACGACUUACUGCAACAUAUUGUUCUCUACUUUGUAUAGUUGUCGCUUUUGUUUGUCACCAUCAUCAUGUCUGACGCUGAAACAGUUGAUUUACUGUGAAAUAAAUUUGAAAGCCACAGCUUAAA